CGGCGCCUGCGCGCUGCCGCCUGGCGCUCGGGCCAUUUAAAUGUGUGUGAGGGAGACUGUGAAAUGGCUGCGCAGGUCGCUGCGGUGCGCGCCGUGUCGCGGGCCCCGGAGGAGCCGCCCCCGCUCCCCUCGGGGGACCGGCCCGGCCGGCCUCGUGGCGGCGGGCGGCGGCGGCGGGGCCCUGCGGGCGAGGCGGCGGGCGGCAAGCGGGCCCGGCUGAGCCAGCCGUUGCUGGCGGGGCCCGGCCCGGCGGAGCCGCUGCCCCCGGCCGCCCUGCCCGGCCUGCCCGCCGCCGCCGGGCUCUUCACCUUCUCGCCGCUCAGCCUGCCGCCUCCCGCCGCGCUCGACGAGCGCCGCCACCACCACCACCGGCACCGCCCCGCCGUCGGCCCGGAGCCCGGCCGCCCCGCCGCCGGGCCGCCGCAGAAGGCGCGGCGGGGCAGCCCCGCCGACGGUGCGGCCGGGCGGCCCAGCAAGCGAGAAACGCCAGAUGAAAAUGGCAAAACCCAGCGAGCUGACAGUCUUAUUAUGAAGAAGAUAAAGAAAAAAAAGAAAAAGAAACACCGGGAAGAUAUGAGGGGAAAACGCCUGAAGAUGUACAACAAAGAAGUGCAGACGGUUUGUGCUGGACUCACUCGCAUUGACAAAGAGUCUCUGACUCAAGGACAGUGUGAUAACUUGGAAGUGAACAAGGAAUCCUUCAGGUAUCUGAAGGAUGAGCAGCUCUGCAGACUGAAUUUGGGUAUGCAGGAAUAUCGAGUACCCCAGGGAGUACAAACACCAUUUGUGACUCACCAGGAGCAUUCUGUUCGCAGCAGCUUCUUGAAAACUGGCACUAAAUUUAGUAACUUCAUUCAUGAAGAACAUCAGUCUAAUGGUGGCGCUCUGGUCCUUCAUGCUUACAUGGAUGAACUCUCAUUUUUGUCUCCAGUGGAGAUGGAGAGAUUUGCAGAAGAGUUUCUUGCUUUGUCGUUCAGUGAAAAUGAUAAAAAUGCAGCUUACUAUGCUCUGGCCAUAGUACAUGGGGCAGCUGCUUAUUUACCAGACUUCCUGGAUUACUUUGCUUUUAACUUUCCUAACACUCCAGUGAAAAUGGAGAUUUUGGGCAAGAAGGACAUUGAAACAACAACAAUUUCAAACUUUCACUCUCAGGUCAAUCGAACGUACUGCUGUGGAACCUACAGAGCAGGACCAAUGCGGCAGAUCAGUCUUGUUGGAGCAGUAGAUGAAGAAGUCGGGGACUACUUCCCAGAAUUUCUAGAUAUGUUAGAAGAAUCUCCAUUUUUGAGAAUGACUUUGCCCUGGGGUACUCUUUCUAGUCUCAGACUUCAGUGCAGGUCACAAAGUGAUGAUGGUCCCAUAAUGUGGGUGAGACCAGGAGAACAGAUGAUUCCAACAGCUGAUAUGCCAAAAUCACCAUUCAAACGGCGCCGAUCAAUGAACGAAAUAAAGAAUCUCCAGUACCUACCUCGGACCAGUGAGCCCCGUGAGGUUCUUUUUGAAGACAGAACAAGAGCUCAUGCUGAUCACGUGGGUCAGGGAUUUGACUGGCAGAGUACGGCCGCUGUAGGUGUUCUGAAGGCUGUACAGUUUGGGGAAUGGAGUGACCAGCCUCGCAUAACCAAAGAUGUGGUUUGUUUUCACGCUGAAGAUUUCACUGAUGUUGUGCAGAGACUUCAGUUGGACCUGCAUGAACCUCCAGUGUCACAGUGUGUUCAAUGGGUGGAUGAAGCCAAACUAAACCAAAUGAGACGGGAAGGCAUUCGCUAUGCUAGAAUUCAGUUGUGUGACAAUGACAUCUACUUCAUUCCUAGAAAUGUCAUUCAUCAGUUUAAAACCGUGUCAGCAGUCUGCAGCCUAGCAUGGCACAUAAGACUUAAACAAUAUCACCCUGUGGGGGAGGCUUCUCAAAACGCAGAAAGCAAUUCAAGCUUGAACAAUAGUGUUCCUGGAAAGACAGAGUCAGAAGAUGAACCCCAAUGUGUAAGUAUAAAAAUAGAGUCUGAAGAACCAGGUAUAGAAAUGCAGCUUACAACAGGGGUACUCUCGUCCUCCUCCUCCGUUUCCUCAAUAUCAGGACUCGUGCAACCAGAUCAGGUGGCCCGGCCCCUUCCAGGUUUUAAAGUAGAGUCUGAUCAGCAACACAGUCCACAGGAUCAUACAGGCUCUUCUGUGUGAUAUGUAUAUAAUCAAACAUUUUUUAACAACUUUUUAAAAUUUUGAUGUGAAGUUAUAGUUUUAUAACUGGCUUAUGUUUUAUUGGAGAAAUCUUGCCUAUAAUUCUAUAAAGAAAGGUGACAUUCCAAAAUGUCAAGCAUAUCUUUUUUACACAGAUUAUGCAAAAUUCAAGUUGUAUUUUAACCCCUUAGUACAACCUGUAACAGUGGUCUACCACUUCUUUCUGUUUAAGUAAAGAGAUAUUCAAUAUCUCCCCAAAGUCAGAAUGAAAUUCCUCCAGGAACAUAAAAUGAUUGAACUACAUUGGUCAGUGUUAUUUCCCUACUUUUACUUUAUCUCUAAUCUUCACCAUAAAGUGAUGUUUUUGUAGAAGACUUGCAAAGUGACUUUCCCAUCUCAUUUUAAUUGCUAAGAAAAAGAGGAAGCACAGCACUUUUGAUGAUUUGUAAUAUUUUUGACAUCCUAGUUUAUAUACAAGUUAUUAGCUAUAGAAGUUGAUCUCUAUUUCUUACAGUCCUACAAAGGUGAUCUGUAAAAUUAACUGAAGAAAGUGUCUGAUCCUGUUGAAAUGUAAUGACUUACUGACCUAACACUUUUCAUAGCACUGCUUAUACUGUUUGGUGUGAGGAUUUUGCUUCCAAAAUACAUCUUCCCAGAACAUGAUUAAUUCUAGUGGCAAAAUUAGAGAAGCUAUUGGUAGUCUUGUGGAGGAAACUGCUAUCUUUGAGCACUUUAAGGCUUUAAAAUACUAACCAACUUGGCAGCUUGUUUUGACCAGGUCAUAAUAAAUGUCCAAUGGAACCACACUUUCCCUGGUACUGAUGCACUUAAUAUAAUAGCAUUGAGUUGAUGACUGACUUAUACAAUAAGACUGUCCUUAUUUUAGGAAGUUCUGUGUUACUAUUUCACAAUAAAGUAUUAUGGCAUUGGACUGCUGUUUCCAUGUGUAGCUUUUGGGUGCCCAGGUACUGUGGAAAAUCAAUGGCACAUGCUAAAUAUGUAGUGUCAGCUAUCAACAGUUUUUUAAAAAUCUUUCAGUAUUUCUGAAUGUUGAUGUGUAAUCUGUAUUUGACUUUCACUCACCCCAUUUAUAACUGUCCUUUCCAGUCAUCAAAAGGAAAAAUCCUGUCUUGUCCCUUCCCCCCUAACACCCCCUGCACAUUUAGAGUACAAGCUGGGUUUUGGUGCAACUGAAGUUGUCUCCAGAUAACUUUAUUUGUUCUAAUCCUCACUGGGGUAGGAAAGAUUUGAAACACUAUGUUAGACUAGACAAAAGCAAAGAUGCUGUGUUAGUUCUGGAUGCAUCUUUUUAAUAUCAAUUAUUACUCUUCUCUUUAUAAGGGUCUCUAAAAUAUGUUACUCUAUUAUAAAUCUUACUUUGUGCAAUAUUGUUUGUGUAGGCUUUUAUAUACAUAUUAGCACCUCAGUGUAGAGGUCACUAUUUUAAACUGAUAGAAAAAUAAUCAUCAGAAGAUACUGCAGUGAUUAGUUAGAACCUGUAUUACUCCUUAUGUGUAUGUAUGUAUUGUCUUCGGUACAAAAAUGAGGACUAGGAAAUAUUUCAUUUUAAAACUAAUUUACAGAUUGAAGUGGUAGUGACUCGUUUAGUAAUCUGUGUAAAUAAGGUGUUAGAAUGGAAAGCUUUUAUGAUGAAAAGUAUUGUGAUUCACGCAGGGGUGUAAUUUAAUCUUAGCAGAAAUUCUAGAUGAUCAAGAUUGGUUCAGAAAUGAGCCGUCUGUUCUCUGGUGGAUUUUUUCCACUUUUUAUGUUGAGAGGAAUUUCAUAGCUUUAAGGGUUGUGCAAAGUAAAAUUCCUCACAGGCAAUAGUGGUUUUAGUUCAUCCUUCAUAUUCAAAGAUUGUAUUACACAAGUAUGUUCUUUCCUUUUUACAAAGUCUGCUAGUCUUCCAAGUGCCCGUUUCCCUUCUCACAUGUGCUAUUCUUUGGUCGUGUCAGUAGAGGGACAUCAGUAAGGUGGCCAUUCUUUGACAGCCAGCACUGUGUACAAUCACUCAGGAAUUGACAAAUCUGCAGAUCCUACAGUCAUUCUGCCCACGUAUCUUUAAAGGCAGAAUAAACAGAUUAAGAGCCACCGUACACCAACUUGUCUGUGUUAUUUUAGAACUUGAAACAGAAUGAAAAGGGAAUCAAUUUGGAAGUCCUCUGCACAUUAUAAUAGCAUGUUUUUAAAUGGAUAAAGGAAGACAACUAGAGUGGCUCAUGCUGCUUUUAAAUCUGUAGCUUCCUUUAGUGAAAUCUGUGACUACAGUCUGUCUGAAGUACUAGGAAAAUGCUCUGACUUCUCUUUGGAUGGAGGCAGAUGACCCGUUGUAUCAUGCUCUCCUUAUAGUCAGUUCAGUUACUAACUUAAUAUCUAAUGUCAGAUUUAAAUGUGGAAACAUUGUAUCUUCAAAUGACUUGGGAGGAUGAUGCUGAUACUAUUUUAGAAUAUUUCUGCAAGAUUGAGGCAGAGAGGAACAGACUUUAUAAAAAGCUAUGACCUUAAAUACAUGAUCAACUUUGGUAUGCUUAAUCCAAGGUGACAUACUGCUUUCAAACUCCACCUCAGCUCUGGAUAUAAAGCAUGGGAGGGAUUGCUUGUGAAGGUCGUAGCCAAACUGUCUAGCCAGUGCUUCAAGAUUCCUUCAGCUGCACUGAAAUCAGCAGAACAGAAUUCGAACACCUUGAUGUGAAAGAUUCAAAUGUUUUUGUGAAUAACAUGCAUAGAAUACUGAUUUCAUAAGCUAUAGCUAUUUUAAAAUGAAAUAACAAAUUCAAGCCAUUUAGUGUUUGCUGAGCAAAAGCAAAUCCCUGGCUAAGUCCAAGUAAAUGUUUCUGAAAAUAUAUCUCAUGUUAAAUAGAUGGCUGUUUGAUGAAUUUCUCAGAUUUCAUAAAACAGCUUACAUGUAGGGAUAAUCAAACUUUGGCAAACUUCUUUGGCUGUUUUAACAGUGCUCAGUUUUAACCUUCUGGAUAGACGCAAAAGAGUUUAUAAAUAUCAGUGAACUGGUCAGUUACUGUAAAUUGUCCUUCCUCCAUUUGAGGAUCUGCCCUGUGGUGUGUCUUUUUUUAAAAACAAAAAACCUACAGUCUACAAUUGAUACCCAGGGAACACUCCUGCUUUAUGCCUGAGACAACUGCUAGCUGACUGAGAACAUCGUGCUCUGUCUAUAAAGAGUGGUCAGCUUUAAGCUGGAACUCGGGCUUUGGCUUCUAUUUGAAAUAAAGUGUUGUUGCUGAAAACAGCUGUCAUUUGGGAUGAGGAUAAGUGGAUCAAUUAUGCUAGGAAUGAACUAGCAAAAUGCAAUCUAAAGAUAAAAGAUAAGCUUCGCAUUCCUCUCUCCUUUAGACAUGCUACAAGUCAUUUUUGCAGGAACUUGAUAUACCUUGAGAGUAAUUUAUGAAACUGGACACCUGUCUCAUUGCGGUAUUCUCUUCCAGAAAGGUGGGACACUGAGUGAAGUGUCCUCAGGGGAUAUAUAAUUCACGUUUUUCAUAGGUAUAGGUCUUGCCAUACAGUUAAAGGGCUCUGUACUGUACUGUAGUCAGUUUUCCUACAUGUUACAAUUUGUCCAGAGGAACUAAUGCUAAUCAUCAGAGCUUUUAUUGUGGACAUGAAUUCAAGUCCUUCGUCAGGCAAGUCCUCCCAUUUACAGGCCUGAAUUGACUGAGUAAUAAACUCCCCAAAUCAUAAUUUCCUAGAAAUGCUAAGUGUUUGUAGCCAUAUGUUUGUUUAAAGGGUGCAAGAAGAGAGGAAUAUUUGUCUUUGCUCCCCCCAAAGUGACCUCUCUAACCUUAGAGCUUGUACUCUAUGUUCUUAUGUUGUUCCAGUUAGAAACCCCAACGAUGUUUUGGCCUUCCAUCAAUAUACAUAGUAGUUUUUAGAAUGCAAUAGCACAUGUAGUUGAGAAGGUGUCUCUUACUGUGGCACUCUUGAAUUGUGUUUAAAGAAAUACAUAUGCUUCUAAUUUCUUUGUACAACAUGUAAAGAGAUUUCUGUAUUGCUGUUUGUGAUUUAAUUUGAUUUUGAUUGGCAGCUAAGAUUUUUCUGUGGUUUUAAUUUAUCUAAGGUCUUUGCCUCAGAGGACAUGUACAAUUGCCUGGAAGACUGUUUGCUUUGUGCGGCCUUAGUAUAUUUAUUGACAUUUAGCAAGUGUUUUAAAGAGGUUUUAUACUGAGUAGUGUAAACAGGUGAAGCUCCAGAACCUCUCUGUGAAUACUCCUCUAACGCAGUGCAUUUCUUUUAGUAGCUGACUGUACGAGAGUGUCAAACUGUUAAGCUAUUUCUUUGUAAAAUAGUCAAACGGAAUGCAUAGAAUUUUUUCCUGUAAAGUAUUUUUUUAAUAAACAAAGUCUGAUUUUUGUCCUUUA